UCGGAUCGAAGGGGGAAGUUUGGAUGCAAUGGGAGGAGGGGCAGAAGGGCUGUUGAAUGUACAACCCAGUUCAUCGAUUGGAGUAGAGUAUGGAAAAUCAUUCGGAACCCACGACGAUCUCACUCUGCUUGAGGUCGACGAUGUCAUCUUCGACCAAAUUUUGGAUAACAGGGUAACUAUUCGGGGAAGCCCUGACGAGGAAGCUCUUCUCUGCACUUCCUCAAAAACAUAUGCCAUCAAAUUUGUUUCCACUACAAACUCUGUUUUAUUGCUUCCCCCUCAAAACUUUCUGUCUCAAGAGGGUAACCCACAUAAUGAGCCUGAGAAGGCCAUUGCCACUGCCAUUAAACUUGCUCCUGGUCACAUGGAGCUUACCCAUGUCGCGCCCAAGCUGGAGAAGCUCAGAUCCCUUCUCAGACAGAGGCCUUAUAAAGAAGAAGGUGAAUCAGAAAUGGGGAACUCAGGGGGCUUAUACAGGUGGGAAGAUCUCCUAGAAAAUGUUCAAGCAAGCGAAGAGGAAUUGAAGGAGGGUUUGAAAUCUCUGGCAGCGGUUGAAAUUGGUGGGUACUGGAGAAUUGUUGAUGAGGCAUUUAUGGGCUGUCUUCUGGAUGUACUUAUUCUCAAUUCUGUGCAGCAUGAUUGGCCUCUCAAUGCAUUGAGAACUGAGGUUGUUCUUCCUGUGCUUGAGCAAGAUGGGUAUUCAAAUAAACUUGCUCUGCAUUGCUUGGAGACUUUUGGAAGCAGAGUAAUUUCCAAUGGCGAGUCCGCAGAAAAUGGAGAAGGGAUUGAAGUUUGGGCUCUAAGUGAGAGGCUUGUCUGUUUGCACUAUGCCAAACAGCUCCUGAAUGCUGGGAGAUGGAAGUUAGAUGACUUUAUGGAAGCUUGGAUGCAGAAUUUGCCUUCUGGCAUGCAGGCCCAGAUGGAGAUGCUCAGGGGUGAAGCUCUGGUGGAGAGAUUCGGUGCCGAGAUGUGGGUUCAUCCAUAUAGUGUUUCAUUUCUGCCCACAACUCCUGCAGAGCGAUUCGCUGCUCUUUUUAGAGAGAGACCAAGGUGGGAAUGGCAAGAUUUAGAGCCCUACAUCCGGGAUUUGCGGGUGCCUGGUCUUUCUGCUGAAGGCUUACUUAUAAAGUAUACAAGAAGAACUCAACCAACUGCAGAUGCGACUCCUGUAUUCAGUGCUCGAUAAGCUGUUUAAAUAUGUCAACCUAAUGUUAUGCUUGCACUCACUCUACAUUUUUUCAUUAUUUAUAAAGUAAAUCAUAUUGUAUUGGUAUUGCUUGCUAAUUUUUAUGGGUAUUCUUGUGGUAGUUUAUUGUUGUUAUGUCUAAUGAAGUUAUAAUCCAUUUUGCACGUAUUUUUAGAUACUAUUGUAAUGUGAAAGAGAUUAAGAUUUACACAUGUUAUUGUUCA